AUGGAGAACAUGACCUUUCAAGAGUUCUGUGACACGGAGCUCAGAACUAUGGCUUUCCCUUCUGCAGACGAAGCUCUUCGCAUGAAUCUAGACUCUUAUGAGGCAUUGAUUAGCAGAAAACCAGAGCUUCUUCGAGACUUCCAAUAUCUGCGCGAACAGUACACUACCGCUGUGCCGGACCUGGCCGAGCUUCCUGCUGCCUCUUUAGGCGUGGCUGUGGGUUCAUACAACCAUUUGGACACCUUCAUCGAAGCUUGCCGCCGGGAUGAAAAGCUCUUGGCAUUGAUACAUGAGAAUAUGUUCAACGACGUGGUAGCCUACAAGUGGGCAGCUGGGUUGGAAAUAGAGGAAAGAGAUGCACCGCCACAAUGGCUGCGAAAUUCAUUCGAACGAUCGGUUGAGGUCCAGGCCGAGAAGAUCAGGCGAUGGAUGUAUGGCCAGCCACAUAGAGAUGAGAGCCAUGUGGCUUUUACGGCAGGCAUUAGAUCUCGCAUCUACCAGCUGGUAGACGAGUCUGAAAACUACCAAUGGAGUGACGGAAACCGAAUUCCUGAUGAGCUCCUGCCUCUGGUGCCACUUCUCUCUCGAGACAUCGCGCUCAACAUCUUGCCUUCUGUAAAUUGGGUUGAACCAGAGUUGGCGGCGGCUGUGACCCUGCUGCGCGAAGCCAAAAGCGCUGGACUUCGGGAGCAACUGCCGUUUCAGCCAAUGGACUUCUUCGACGAUACACCCCAUAGAGACUACAUAGUGUUGGGAAAUCUCAUCGUGGACACAAGAUACCAUAGUCCUCAGUCCGAACGUCCAAUGGAGAGUCUUGAGAGUCUUUUCGAACCUGCUACGCGCCAUGAUGCUGAGUCAAUCAUCGACCCGGAGUUUGAUGACUCUACCGAGUCCGAAUUUUCGACGGUGGAUGAUGAUUACCAGUCUGAAUCCCAAGAGGAGGACAUUCACGAGACAGCUCUCGAGGACUGGAUUGAAUUCUUAGCCUCCGCUCCUACCCCCCACUCGAACGAUCCAGAUCCACCUCGCCAAGUUAUCCUUGACCAUUACUGGGACGUCGCUAACCACGAAAACACCCCUGAGGCGAUUCGAGCAGUGCUCAUCGACUUGGCAGACCAGUCUGAGUCCGAAGAUGAGGAUUCUCACGUGAGAGUCCGCGAGGACUGGUUCGAGCGAGGUAAUAUUCUAGAGGACCGUCGUCCACAGUAUCUCGGACCUGCUCGACAUCCUUGGGACACUGACAGCGAAGACGAGGACGAGAAUGACAACCGUUCAUACUUCGAGAAUGACAGUGACAGCGACGCUUUAGAGUUCUAA